ACUAGACGAGGAUGGCUUCAUCCAUGAGCGGAAUGUUUCCUGGUCAACAGCCUCCAAACGUGCAUCCCGUCGGGGGUCCGGGGGGUCCAGGACAACCCGGGUUCCCUGGUGUUGCUAACAGGAACCCGGGAAGCAACACGCUGGUCGACGAACUAGAAGCAUCAUUUGAGGCAUGUUUUGCGUCACUUGUCAGCCAGGACUACGUCAAUGGAACUGACCAGGAGGAGAUCCGAACUGGUGUGGAUCAGUGUAUUCAGAAGUUCCUCGACGUGGCUCGACAAACCGAGUGCUUCUUCCUGCAGAAGCGGCUCCAGCUGUCUGUGCAGAAGCCUGAGCAGGUGGUGAAAGAGGAUGUGUCAGAGUUGCGCAACGAGCUGCAGAGAAAGGAGAUGCUGGUUCAGAAGCAUUUAUCCAAACUGCACCAUUGGCAACAAGUGCUGGAUGAUGUCAGUGGUCAGCACCGCAAGCCCACGGACCUUCCACCUCCAGGACCACUCACCUUCCUGGAACAGGCGUCAGCCAAUUUACCCCCUGCUCCUUUGAAACCAAACUAGCGCUGUUGGUUGGAGGAGAGAAAACCUGUGGUUCACCCGUCGGCUCACUGAGCUGAACUCCUUUUUAUAUCUCCAGACUGUUGGCUGAGAUGCUCGUCCAAGUGAAAUGGAUUGUAUGAACAUCAAAUGUAACCAUUUCAGGGUAAAAAAAAUCUGUUAAAUACGUGAUGUUUUUUCCAGUUUUAGAUUAUUUGUAUCAUUCUCAGUACAAUGCUGCAUCAUGUAUUUAAAAGUGUUGGCAGAGGUGAAGAAACCUGAUGUACGGCAGGGACCAGACUUUUCUGACUGAGCCGUGUGGCUUUGGUUCACUGUUCUCUGUGGACCGUCGCCAGCUGAGACACUAAGCAGAACAAGUCUGUUAUGGUGUGAAAUCGCUGAAUGCAUUAGAGACGACAAGCUGUCAGGCAGUUCAGAUGGACUCGGAGGACGAGCAUUUCUGCAGAACUCAGGGCUUUGCUCGUGGCACAAUCGUGUGGUUGCGCAUCCAUUUCCACACAUUUUAAAAACAUCUUUUCGUACUUUAUUUGUACAUAACUGAAUAUGAAUAAACUGUCAAUUAUGUUACAUGUUUGUUUGUUUCACUUAUGGACGCUGUCCUGUGAGCUUUCAUUGGUCUUUAAAAACAACAUUUUUUUGACAGUAAUAAGACUGGGGCUUAUAUUAAUUGUGGAUUUCUCCCCUCAAAAAUUAAUGAAGAUGAAUAAAUAUGAUGUUGAAUCCUUAAAAUAAAUGAAUACCCAUGCUGUUGUUCACACACAUAUGGAGGCGACAUGAACAUGAGGCAUCAUGUGAGGUGUUCCUGAUCUGUUGUGGUCAGCAGCUAUUAUGAAUAUGGAGGAACAGACAGAUAAAUACCAUCUUGAGUCAGAGGAGGACCAACGAUGGCGCGCACCCAAAAAUCAC